AUGCUGUUUCUCCUUGGUCACAGCCUGCUUAGCAUUUCUUGUCUCCUCGUCCUCUUCGUCUUUGCCGAGUGUCUAUUUGGCUUCAAGGUCACAGGCGCCACAGGAGGAGUUGACUGGAAUACCGGCGCGAGGCCCUUGCGAUAUGAGAUCGGCCAGUUUUCCACCUCUGGCGCGGCAUUCGAUCUAUUUGUUCAGUCCCUGAUCGCUUUCCAGAAGGCUAAUCAAUCGGAUCCUCUAUCUUAUUUCCAGAUCUCAGGCAUCCAUGGCUUCCCUCGGAUCCCAUGGGAUGGAGUGGUAGGUUCUGGUAGCUAUCCAGGCUUUUGCACCCAUGCCGCAACCCCAUUUCCGACAUGGCAUCGACCAUACAUGGCCUUAUUUGAGCAAGUACUUUGGAUGCAUGCGCAGGAUAUCGCAGCCACAUAUCCUAGUGCCGAACGCAGCCAGUACCAGACUGCGGCCCUCGGCUUGCGCGUGCCUUACUGGGAUUGGGCCAUCCAUCCAGCUUUGCCGACCGUGGUCACGCAGCCACAGAUCUCAAUCAAUACGCCUAACGGCAGAGCCACGGUCAAGAAUCCUCUCUACAGUUACGUGUUUCAGUCGGAUGCUGCUGGGAAUGGCUUUCCAUCCUCUGACCCCAUGGCAAACUUCGGAGAGACAGUCCGUUGGUGGAGUGCAACCACGCAGACAAGCAACCAGACCGCAGCGAAUGCGGCUUUGAUGGCAAAUGCUCCUACAAUUUUGUCACUAACGUACCAGCUUUUCGCAUCAGUGACGAACUACACCUAUUUCUCUUGCACCUGGCCUGGCGGCCAAGGCGGUGUACCCAACAACAUCGAGGCUAUCCACAACAGCAUUCACAACAGCGUUGGAGGCUAUGGCCACAUGCAAUUCCCAGAAGUGGCCGGUUUCGAUCCUAUCUUCUGGUUGCAUCACGCUAAUGUGGAUCGCCUUUUCGCCAUGUGGCAAGCACUGUACCCUGACAGCUUCCUUGUUCCAACCGUGAAUGCAUAUGGGUCGUACUACGAGGCUGUGGGCUUCGUUGAUUCGGAAACCAGCGUUUUGGCUCCUUUUCAUUCUGAUGAUGGCGACACCAUGUUCACCUCUGAGGCAGUCCGUUCCAUCAAGUCCUUCGGCUACAGCUACCCCGAGUUGCCCGACUGGGAAAUGGCUCCUUCACAGCUUGCUGCCAAUGUACGAAGCGCCGUCAAUUCCCUGUACAAUCCAGUCUCGAACACAACUGUGGCACACGUGCGGCGAAAUGUGCAACCCAGAUCGGCAAACCUGGCGGACUCAUUUGGGGACGUGACUCUUGAUAUGGCUCGACAAAUGAAUGUCAACAACCUCGAUCGGCAGUGGUCUAUCGCAGUCAUAGUUGACCGUUUUGCGUCAGAAACGAGCUUCGCGAUUGACUUCUUCAUGGGUGAUGCCCCGACCGAGGCUUCGUUAUGGGCUACAGCGAAGAACCUCAUCGGGACUUACGCUCAGUUCAGUCCUGCUAAUGCAACCUUCCUUCAUCCAAACGGGUAUCCGGCAGGCCAGGUCCAAGGCGAGAUCUCCAUGACCCAUACACUGGCAGCGGGUGUACUUCGAGGUGUCAUUCCCGAUCUUUCGCCACGGGCAGUGUUGCCGCUGUUGCGCAAGGGACUGAACUGGAAGGCGCGCACAGCCGCCGGCCUUGAAGUCCCGGUCAGCAGCCUCUCAGGACUAGCAAUAUCAGUCUUCAGCAGACCCGUUGUGCCCACGACUUCAAAGGAUCGGUUUCCCAUGUAUGGGGCCGUACAAUGGCAGGACUCGGCCACUCAAGGCAAGGCCUGUGGUGCUUCACGGCCUCAAUGA